ACACACACACACACACACACACACACACACACACACACACACACACACACACACACAGUCGUUCCUCUGUCCUCAUCUCGUGCUCAUCUCAUUUCUCUCUCUCCUCACUACUACUACUGCUACUACUACUACUACUACUACAGUCAUGGGUCGUAGUGUGAUCAUGCACGCCCUUAUGUCGUUCAUGAUAAAUGCCCCAUACGAAACGCCGCCCACGACUACGCCCACGACGCCCACGACCACGUACUACAGCAAGAGGAACAUUACGUCUCAAGGUUGCUUCGAAGGUUACGGCUGCUUCCCUAUAGACGGGCCGUGGGCAGGACCUGAGCGCCCCGUGUCAUUAUACCCACUGCCCCCGCCCGAACUGACCCCAACCUUCUGCUUGCAUACGCCCGCACGCCCAUCUUGUCAUGCACUGGACCUCCAAGACUCCUCCACCUUCAACGAGUUUUUCCUCCACCUCUCCACGGCCUCCUCCAUCACCCUCCUCACCCACGGGUAUCUAGAGUCCACGCAGUUGGAGUGGGUGGAGCGCUUGUUGGAGGCGCUGCUGUCAACGGGCGAUAGUAUGGGAGUGGUCGCCGUGGAUUGGUCUCGAGCGGCGCCUCCGACGUAUGCCCAGGCCGUGGCUAACAUACGUCUGGUUGGGGUGAUGGUCGGGCAGCUCCUCGUGCGGCUAACGGACCUUGGCAUCACCCCCUCGGCCAUACAUCUCGUAGGGCACAGUCUCGGCGCCCACCUCAUGUCCUAUGCCGCCAACCACCUCGAGACCAUGAAGGGAAGGCAGGUGGGUCGCCUGACGGGCCUGGACCCUGCUGGACCUUACUUCGCUAACACGGCAUCGGAGGUACGCCUGGACCCCUCGGACGCCGCCUUCGUUGACGUCAUACACACGGACGCGCCGAGCCAGGACUGGGAGCUGAACAGGCUUGGCUACGCGGACGCUCUUGGACACGUGGACUUCUACCCUAACGGCGGGCAUCACCAGGCGGGCUGUCAGGGGUCGGCGGCGGCUUUUAUACAGAGGCGGGAGAACGUGGCCGGCGGGGUGCUGUCCUACAUCGGCUGCAGCCACCAACGGUCCACGGAGUUUUUCGCGGAGUCAAUUCUGAAUAGCAAAUGUCAAUUCCAAGGGGUUGAAUGUACCUCGUGGGAGCACUACAAGGCUGGGGGAUGCUGGGGGUGUGACGGGGGACGCUGCCAGGCCAUGGGGUACCCCGCUACGAGGCCUGGGGGAGAGGGAGGUGAUCGAUAUGCUGGGGAGAUCACGGCGGGGCUUUCAGGAACAUCAUCUUCUACAUCGUUCCCUAAAAAGAUCUUCCUUGGAACUGAUUCUGCCUCUCCCUUCUGUGCUGAGCAGUACCGCGUGACUCUGGUAUCAUCGUCAACAUCAGCGCCAGAGGAGGGGGAGGAGGAGGAGAGAGAGGAUGGGGGCGCGAGGGGGGGCGUGGGGGGCGCUAGGGGGGACGUGGCCCGCUUCACCGUCACUCUACGAGGUCAUCUCCGCACGCUGACCAUCCCUGCCCCGACGAGUGACGCGUGGGUGGAGGCGGGCGGGCAGACAUCGUGGGUGGGGUGGGGAAGUGGAAAGCUGGGUGGAGUCUACAACCUACGAGUGGAGUACGAGGUGGAGCAGGACUUGCUACAGGCACUUGUGUGGAGUUUUCGGCCGCCAACUCUUUAUGUGGAAGAAUUCAGAGUGGAAGUGCUGUCAACUGGAGCAUUGAUGCGGUUUCCUUUCUGUGGACGAAAGAUGCAGGCUGGAGAGAGUCACACGCUGGUGUCGGACGCUAACUGUUCAGAGUAGCAGCAGCAGCAGCAGCAGCAGCAGUUAUAGUAGUUAGUUAUCCAAUAGUUGUGUUAGGAUCGCGAUCACUGUAACCCAGAGGCGAGAGAUGAAUAUGAUGAGAUGAUAUAGGGAGGCUGGGAGGCUGGGAGAUGAUAUAUAGGGAUGCUGGGAUGCUGGGAGAUGAUAUAUAGGGAUGCUGGGAUGCUGGGAGAUGAUAUAUAGGGAUGCUAGGAGAUGAUAUAGGGAUGCUGGGAGGCUGGGAGAUGAAAUAGGGAUGCUGGGAGCCUGAGAGGUGAUAAAGGGAUGCUGGGAGGCUGGGAGAUGAUAUAGGGAUGCUGGAAGGCUGGGAGAUGAUAUAGAAAGAAGAAGAAGAAGAAGAAGAAGAAGAAGAAGAAGAAGAAGAAGAAGAAGAUAUUGGGAGACUGGGAGAUGAAGAAGAAAAAAAAAAGAUGAUAUAAGGAUUCUGGCAGGCUGAGAAAUGAAGAAGAAGAAGAAGAAAAAGAAGAAGAAGAAGAAGAAGAAGAAGAAGAAGAAGAAGAAGAAGAAGAAGAAGCAAGUGUUAUAGUUGUGUUAUAUCAUGCUUAGUAGAGGAGAGAAAUGUACCUGAUAAUAAGGUGAGGUGGUACAGACAAAGAGUAGACGCGGUUGUGGUGUUGGGAACGAGUCGUUCACGCAAGUUAGGAGCGAGUUAAGGACAAGUUAGGAACGCCGUUAGUAGUAUGUUAGUUUUUAGUACCUGAACAAACGGCUUAUUCUUUGUGGCAAAUAAAGACAAUAAUAAUAAUAAUAAUAAUAAUAAUAAUAAUAAUAAUAAUAAUAAUAAUAAUAAUAAUAAUAAUAAUAAUAAUAAUAAUAAUAAUAAUAAUAAUAAUAACAAUAAUAAUGAAAAAAUUUGAAUA